GGACAGCAAUGGAUAACAGGAAGGCUGAUUGUGCGAUAGAAAAAGAAGCUCUUCAAUGGGAUUCCCCAGGAAUAAGAAGUAGAGGAAGAACAAGAGAAAUAUGCUGGAGACGUGAGCAAAAUGACCUGAACCGAGCUGGUAAGACUUGUCCAGAAGUGGAAAUUAUUGUUGCAAAAAGAGCGAAACGGAAGGCACUUGCAGAUCCCCUCUGCUCCACCAGGAUACCACGAGCUUGUAUCGCCCGGAUCGAAAUAGUAGACUCCACCGCUCGCCAGGUGGCAGGAGCGUCGCCUGCGGAGGCUGGCGAAGUGGCGAUAUGUCGUGCCAGUGACACAUGUGCAGAAGAGGGAGUUCUUCUCGUCGUAGAGGACAAUGUGAACCAGCAACAUGAAGAAAGAUGUCGUCGUCUUCCUUCUCCUGUAUUCCUUCAGCGUCGGCAAGCUGUCUCCGGUCCAGCCGCUCAGUAG